GCUUAAAUGGCAUUGAACUAGGAGCCCUAACAUAUAAAAGUUAAUUUGUAUUCAAAUGAGAACUGAGCUGUGCAUUUCAACAGUGGGAUCAUAGGUGUGCAUUGGGGCAUCACCCCUUUAAUGUGUUAGGAUGGGGUUUGAGAGGCUGUGGUGAUUAAUGAUUCCGGGUAGUAAACAUGGAUGGUGAGGUCAGGCUCUAACCCUACUGCUUCAAAACAGAAGAAUUUGCGUCUUGGCCUGACCUGGGACCUAACUAACUUCUGGGGCAGUCAGGUAAGAGGCAGUGGGGACGGCCAAGUUCAACAUCAAGUCCUCCUUCUUCUACUUUAGUUUCUGGGAGCUUGCAUGUCCCUUCACACCACUUCUGGCCAUGUUUCUGGCUUAUUUUGUUGACAGUCCAGUCCUGGAGGUUUCCCCUUGCAUGUGUGGAGGAAAUGUUUUCUUCUCGGCUUCUAACUGUCCCUGCUCAUUUCACAGCCUCAGGUAGAACUGGAUCUUAGCCUCAGGACUAAUGGCCCCAGUCAUUGGCUGUGAAAGCUUGAGCUGACAAUCCCUCUCUCUACCUCAAAUUUGCGUGUAAAACAGGAUUUAUGCCACCGGCCCCAGCUUUCUCAUGGGACUCUUGGUUGACAAAGAUGAUGGGUGUGAAAAUGCUGAGUGCCGGGAAGUGGCAGAGAGGGAAAGCUGGUCAGCAUCAGGUCCUUAAAGAACAUCUGGGGAGAAGAUGGACAGUCCAGUUGCUCAGGGCCACACCUAAGGAGGGCAUGGCAAAGUCCUUGGACAGCUGUGGGGAAUCUGUUGUCCCUUUCUUUCCCUUAGUUCCUUCCCAAUAGGGGUUGGAGCAAAUACUUAGAGCUUGUGAUCCAACCCCAGGCCUCCCCUCCCCUGGGAAUGCCCUCAGGUACACAUCUGGGUCCGAAUCUCUCAUCUGCCUAAGACUUGCUGUGGACCUGAGACAUGCUCCUCCCCCACACACUUUUCUGAUCCCGCGUUCUUCAUCUGUAGUGGGCCCACACUAAGUCCUCUGUCUUAACUCAGUAGUUAAAACUGUUGAGGACUCAGUGGGAAAACGGUAAGUGUACCUGGUGGGAUGAAGGGAACGCUGUCCCUUCAUCAACAUGACAGGCUCCCACGCAUCUGUACCUUUAGCCCACUACUCCUGCACAAGUCCGAGUGCCCCAACCACCCAUGAAACACUCCUGUGUUCUAGAAUUCCAGCCUGUGUUCUAGAAUCUUGUCCCCUUGAAUGUCCUCCUGUUUUUAGAAUCCCACUGCUAUUCCAAACUGUGCAUUCUAGAAGCGGUAGAGUCAGGUGCUUUUCCUGGGCAGUGUCGGCUUGCUCAAGCUCUACUGUCUGACUUGAGUCUGUACUGCUGCCACGAUGCGGUGGCGGGACCGCAUUGCUGUGCUCUUCUUCCCUCAAGGCAUGAUGCUCACCGUGGCUGCCCUGAUGCUCUUCUUCAUACACCUGAGCGUCCUCGCCAGCGACGUGCACAACUUCUACUUCACCCACCACUACGACCGCAUGAGCUUCCACUACACCGUGGUCCUCAUGUUCUCCCAGGUGAUCAGUAUCUGCUGGGCUGCCAUGGGGUCGCUCUAUGCUGAGAUGCUAAACGACAAGUUUCUUCGGUACUUUGCCCUGACUGUCCUGAUGCUCAAUGGAGCCAUGUUCUUCAACCGUCUGUCCCUGGAAUUUCUGGCCCUCCAGUACCGGGAGGAGAAUCACUGA